AACCCGGGCGGAGAAGCAGCAGCAGCAGCAGCAGCAGCAGCAGCAGCAGACUGACUUCAACCAUCUCCAGCUUCUCUCCAAAUUUUAUCCGUGCACAGGAAUCGGAUCCAUCAUCCACCCUGAUCUAUCACCACCAUGUCUGACCGAGAUACCACUCCCACUCCCUCUGAUGUCCCCCCUCCACCCACUGGACCUCGUCCCAAGGCGACGAGCCGUGGUCGCACCACGGUUCCCGUCGCCAGCGACAACUCUGACAUCACUGACGUCCCUGAGUUUGAGUUCUUUGGUCUUCCGGGCCCGAGAGGACUUCCACCUCUGACUGAGUAUCUUGACAUCUUCGAAGUGGACAUGAUGAGGAGGCCGGAUGAGAGCAACAAAAUCCAGCACCACACCAUGUAUUACAACUCCGACCAUCUCGUUGUCCGCCGAGGACAAGAGUUCCAGGUCAAGGUCACCUUCAACCGUCCCUACAAUUCAGCUCAAGACAAGUUUGCGUUGGAGUUUGUCAUUGGCUCCAGUCCUCAAUUCAGCAAGGGAACCUACAUUCCCGUCUUCCCCACAAAGACGCGUCAGAGCUCCUGGGAAGGCCGCGUCGUGAACACAUCGGGCAACGAGGUCACCAUGGGCAUCACUCCUGAGGCCAACUGCAUUGUGGGGAAGUACCACAUGUAUGUUGCCGUGUCGACGCCCUUUGGCAUACGCAGGACGAGGCGCGACAAAAGCCAAAACCUCUACAUCCUCUUCAACCCCUGGGUGGCAGCCGAUGCUGUGUAUCUGGAUGAUGAGAUGGAGAGGGAGGAGUGUGUGAUGACCGAGAUUGGGAUCAUCUACCACGGAGCCUAUGACGAUGUCUCUGAGAGAAACUGGAACUAUGGUCAGUUCAACUACGGAGUCUUGGAUGCUUGUCUGUACAUCAUGGACAAGGCUGAGAUGCCCAUCACCAACAGAGGAGACCCCAUCAAAGUGACCAGAAAGGCCUCUGCUAUGCUGAACUCUCGUGAUGAUGAAGGCGUGCUUGUGGGCAACUGGAGCGGCGACUACACUUAUGGAGUGGCGCCCACAUCCUGGACUGGCAGCACAGACAUCCUGCUCACCUAUGCCAGCAGCAAGAUGCCCGUGUGCUAUGCUCAGUGCUGGGUCUAUGCUGCCGUCUUCAACACCUUUCUGCGCUGCCUGGGCAUCCCAGCCCGGGUCGUCACCAACUACUUCUCUGCCCAUGACAACGAUGGAAACCUGAAGACUGACAUCAUCCUGGAUGAGAAUGGCAGGAUUGACCGCAACCGCACCAAGGACUCAGUCUGGAACUACCACUGCUGGAACGAGUGCUACAUGUCCAGGCCUGACCUGCCACCUGGCUUUGGAGGCUGGCAAGUUGUGGACGCAACACCACAGGAGACCAGUGAUGGCAUGUACAGAUGUGGUCCUGCAUCAGUGCAGGCCAUCAAACAUGGGCAGAUAUGCUUCCCCUUCGAUGCUGCAUUUGUGUUUGCUGAGGUGAACAGCGAUGUGGUGUUUUAUUCACGAAGGAGAGACGGGACCAUGGAUCCAGUUAAAGUGAACCGGACUCACGUAGGCCGCAUGGUUUUGACCAAAACUCCAGGAGAAUUGACCCGACGUGAUAUCACAGAUCAGUACAAGUUCUCUGAAGGCAGUGCAGAGGAGCGGACUGUCCUGGAGAAAGCAGAGGAGUUUGGCUGCAAGCGUGAGAAGUCUGACCCUACUUUGGCUGAUGUGGACGUGGUCCUGCCCACCCUGGAGAUCAGCGUAGGCAACGACUUUGAGCUGAACGUGGAGUUUGUUAACCGCAGCGACCAGGAGCGAACCGUGGACGCCUACAUCAGUGGGAACGUGGUGUAUUACACCGGAGUCACCAGCUCGGAGUUCAUGUUCAAUACUCCCACCGUGAAGAUCAAACCCAACAAAACUGUGAAGGAGUUGGUGAAGGUUGAGUCAAAGAUUUACAUGAGGGAUCUGGUCGAACAGGCCAACCUUCACUUCAUUGUAACUGGGAAGGUUAAGGAGACCGGCCAGAUUGUCACUGCCAUGAAAGUUGUGACCCUUCACAAUCCCAAACUCACCGUUGAGGUGUCCGGUGGAGAAAAAGUCAACGAGGAGAUGAUGGCGAGUGUCCAGUUUACAAACCCCUUCACCUUCAGCCUGGAGGGCGUCUCCAUUCGCAUGGAAGGACCCGGGAUUAUGUCACCCAAGUUCAAGUAUUACAGUCUGAUCCCAGGGGGCUCCUCUCUGACCUGGACCGAGUUUUUUACCCCACAGAGGACCGGAACCACCAGAGUGAUCGCCACCCUGGACUGUCCUGCUCUCAGGCAGGUCUUCGGCCAGGCGUCCAUCACCAUCAAGCCCUGAGGGCCUGCACAGUAUCACAGAGGCCCAACAACAUUUAUCACACCUGCACUUCAGCAAGAAUAUAAGCCGAUGACAUAAUUAUAUACUUUGAUUGUAGGUUGACAAGUAUAGCUUCAACACUUAAUGCAUAUGAUCAAAAUACUCUGCAAAGUAUUAGAGGUUGAUCAAAUAGUUUUUGUACUCCAGAAAGCUACGAAUAAAAAAAUACUGGGUCCACAAAUAA